AUGCCGAUGCGGAAGAAGGCGACCUGGAUUCGUCCCACCCUCCCACCCACGAUGGCAGCUCUGGCACCUGCUGGAAUAGGUUCUCGUCCAGAGGCGAGAACGACAGAACGUCCUGAUGGCCGGGACUAUCUGCGACGCGGACAACAGCUGGAACGACCACCGCCUCAUCUCCAAUAUAAGGCUCCGACCACAACUCCACAGGAGACCAUAGGGUAUGCGACCGCCAGGAAAGGUAAAUACUGUCCUAUUGAAUUUGCCUACUCACCACUCCGAUUUCAACAAUCAUCUAUCCUGGUAGGAAUGCCGGUCUCGGACGACGACCGUGUGAACUCCUAAAUGCUAUCUACUCCACUGCCCUGGACGUGCUCGGACUCGCACGUCGUCUACACCAGCGCUGAUUCGACGUCAAAAACGCCGCAGACAUCAGCAACCUGCUCGCCAAAAAGACCAGGCUGCACAAGGCCUACAUCGACCGCCGGCCCGACGCUGGCAAAGUGGCCUUCCUCAGAUGUCGCCGUCCUGUGCAGCAACAGCUGCGAGAAAUGCAGGACGACUGGAUGGCUUUCAAGGCUGGGCUGUGUGGACUGCAAUGAGACAAAUGACUUCUUCGCCCCGAUCAAAGCGGUCGGCGACCCCGUAGUUAAAGGGACGGUGCCAUUUCUCAGCUUUGGGGGGAAACAACAUUUCUGACGGAAAAGUCGCAAAGUCUGAAGCGCUGGGCCGAGCAUUUCUGAAGUGUCCCCAACGGCCCAUCUACUGUCUCCGACGCUGCUGUCAGUCGGCUGUUCCAAGUCAAAACAAACAACUACCUGGAACUUCCGCUCCCCCUUCCAGAAACCAUCCGAGUCGUGCAUCUCCGGCGAGAAAGCACCAAACCCAGACGUGAUUCCGGUUGAAGUUUACAACACGGCGGUCCCUAAUUGGUGGACAAACAUUGAACACUAUUCCAGGAGAUGCGCUGCUAAAGACAGGUUCUUUAGUAUUUCAAGAGCGCGACCGCCGUCCAUCUCUACAAGCGAAAAAGAUACCGGCAACUCGGUGAUAGCCACAGAGGAAUUUCGCUGUUCAACAUUUCCAAAAAGGUCUUUUCUCGCAUCCUUCUCAACUGCCUUAACGGGCUUCUCUCAGAAGGCUAAUGUGGCUUCUGAUGAUACCACGGGACGGCUGACAGUCUUUGCAUCUCGCCAGUCGCAAUAAAAGUGUCAGCCAAUGUAAACUCAACCCUUCCCUACCUUCGGGGACCCGAAAAAACCUUCAACAUGGUGAAUCGCGAUGGACUCCGGAUAGUGGACUCGGGAUAAUGGCGCGCGUCACGGACAAUGGUACCGUCUUAGUAGCAUUCACAGUGACCAACAGAGUGAAGAAGGGCUGAGUUAUCGCCACCACCCUCUUCAGCCUCAUGUCCUCUGUCAUUCUGAUGGACACCUGUCGUGAUGAUCACCUUGGAAUCCGCAUCGCCUCCGGGAACGACAGCCAUCUUCUCAAUAGCCGGCGCAUGUAGACCCCGACGCGUCUCUCCACGAUUAAUGUCCACGAUUUGCUCUUCACGGAGGAUUGUGUCCCCAACAUCGUGACAGAGGCAGAUGACCAACCCCUUCGCCUCCGAGUGCACAAACUUCGGACGGGCCACCAACACGGAUAAAAAGGGGGCUAUGCAUUAACCGCCGUCCAACACAAGGUUGCUGAAAUCCGCCUCAAAGGCAUCCAUCUGAAAACCGUGAAAACUUCGCCUACUUUGGCAGCACACCCACCCUGCACCAAAACUGACAAGAAGGUGGCUCACCGGAUCUCGAAAGCCAACUAGACCUUCGGCUGGAUGCGGAACGCAGUAUGGGGUCGCCACGAUCUCCACCUCGACACCAUAUUCAAAGCUUAGAAGGCUGUCAUCUCGAUGACACCGCUGAACGGGGCAGAGACCUGAACAAUCUACGAGAAACAAGCGCGGAAACUCAAUCACUUCAACAUCAGCUGCAUUCGGGCGAUCCUAAAAAUUAAGGUAACAGUAGGAGAUCCCGGACAAGGAAGUUUUGGAACGGACCAGACUUCUUGGCUUCCACACCAUGCUGAAUAGACUGAAACUGCGAUAGGACGGCUGGUGAGGAUGAGCGGUGAGCAACUACCUGAACGACUCUUCUACGGAGACGUCGCUACGGGUGCUAGCCGACAAGGAAGUCAAACACCUAGAUAAAUUGCCCGAAACGCUUAAAAACCAAAUCAAAACCGGAGAAGACCUCCACGGGACCGACCGGCCUGGAGAAGGAUGCUGAAGAUUGGAGCAAUCGUUUAUGAAGCCAACCGGCUUGCCGCUGUCGGAACCAAAGGAGCGAUUCACAAGUCUCAAGCUUCUCAGAUCCACAACGCCAACAGCCGACCUCUUCCAACAUGUCGACACUUCCAACGAAUUUUUCACGCGCAUAUUACUCACGAUGGACAUUUCAGGACCCAGUACAAUUGCAGCUCAGCAAUCCCAACUGCUGUAUCUACAACUGCCCCCAUCGUCACCCCUGCAGUGACAUUUACGGCACCUGCGACAACGACCUCCCUCACCACCAAUGAUUACACUCCUGAUGCCCCGCUGUCCCCGAUCAGCUCCAAAAUCCCCGCCACAAAUCCACCGAUGACGGCGACGACUGCCAAGUCUCCAAUUAACGCCACCGGUGAUAACACUCCUACUGCUUCAUCAACCGCUACUUCCACCAACAGCGAUGCGGAUUCUGUCCCUACUUGUCCUUAUUGUGAUCACGCAUUCACCCCACGCAUUGGCCUGGUCAGUCACGUGAGUAUGCGCAACAGCGAAAUUCACCACAAUAUCGACAUAUUAAGCAUACCUUGCCCACCUAACAACUCUCCCAUCCCCAGCCCUGUCGACUCCCCACUCAACAGCACGACCACCACUAGCAUCAUAGCAGUCCCAACCGACUCGGCCUCUCCCACACUGCCCUACCGGCGAAUGUGCAAUCACGCGCCAGCCUGGUGGGUCACUUUCGAAUCCAUCGCCCAAGGACUGACAGACUAG